GGAUCUGGAGUUUGGGGGUGCCGAAGCAGAGCAACUUCUGAUUCUAUUCUAUUCUACUGUACUACCGAACCAACCAUCGCAAGGGAUUUGGCGACAGAGGAAUCUUUUCUUUUCUUUGUAGUAUAUGAUGAAGCUGGCGUUCACUUUACGGGCCUAAUGUCCCGGACAAACAUUCCAAAGAGAAAAUAGGAGAGGAGAGGCCAUGGGAGGAAGAGGUGGCGAUCCCCAAACAGGGCCGCUGCUGGAGAAGCUCCCGGAGUCCUCUUGCAGUUCAUCCGAGCCCGAGCAGCAUCCGGUCAAACGAACUGGCACGGUAUGGACGGCGUCCGCGCACAUCAUCACGGCGGUGGUCGGCUCCGGCGUGCUGUCGCUGGCGUGGAGCGUGGCUCAGCUCGGCUGGGUCGGGGGGCCGGCGGCCAUAGUGUUCUUCGCGGGGGUCACCGUGGUGCAGUCCUCCCUGCUCGCCGAAUGCUACGUUUCUCGAGGAGAUCCGGAGCGUGGCGGCCUCAUCAGGAACAAGUCUUACAUGAACGCCGUGAGGUUUUACCUAGGUGAGAAGAGGCAGAUGUUCAGCGGAUUUUUCCUUAGCAUCAGCCUGUUUGGGAGCGGCGUGGUGUAUACUCUCACCACAGCCACUAGUAUGAGCGCGAUUCAUGAAGCGAACCGCUACGGCCGGGAAGGCCAGGGCGCACCGCUCUCCACCGCCGCCGCCGGUGGCUCAGACGUCUACUACAUGCUCCUGUUCGGCCUCGCGCAGGCAGUGCUGUCGCAGAUACCGGACUUCCACAACAUGGCGUGGCUCUCCGUCUUCGCCGCCGUCAUGUCCUUCUUCUACUCCUUCGUCGGCUUCGGCCUCGGCGCCGCCAAAGUGAUCGAAAAUGGGGUGAUCAAGGGGGGAAUCGGAGGCAUUCCCCUGGUAUCCCCGGUGCAGAAGGUGUGGCGCGUCGCACAGUCCCUCGGGGACAUCGCCUUCGCCUACCCUUACACCUUGGUGCUUCUGGAAAUAGAGGACACGCUGAGGUCGCCGCCGGCGGAGAGCAAGACGAUGAAGAAGGCGUCGAGGGCAAGCAUCGCGGUCACCACCUUCUUCUACCUCGGGUGCGGGUGCUUCGGCUACGCGGCGUUCGGCGACGGCACGCCGGGGAACCUCCUCACCGGCUUCGGCGAGCCCUACUGGCUCAUCGACCUCGCUAACCUCUGCGUCGUCCUCCACCUCCUCGGCGGCUACCAGCUGUACAGCCAGCCGGCGUUCGCCGUCGUGGAGCGGCGGUUCGGCGUGGAGGCCUGGGUCGUCGAGGUGGAGCUGCCGCUGCUCGGCUGGCGGCGGCGCGUGAACGUGUUCAGGUUGUGCUUCCGCACGGCUUACGUGGCGGCGGUGACGGCGGUGGCUGUGUGGUACCCCUACUUCAACCAGGUGGUGGGGCUCAUCGGCGCCUUCACCUUCUGGCCGCUGGACAUCCACUUCCCCGUCCAGAUGUACCUUGCGCAGAACAAGGUGGCGCCGUGGACGACGCGGUGGCUCGCCAUUCAGGCCUUCAGCGCCACCUGCUUGCUCGUCGCCGCCUUCGCCUCGGUUGGCUCCGCCGUGGGGGUGUUCGGCCCCAACAGAAGCUAGCUAGUAUAGUAGCCUAGUAGGCUAGUACAUAUGCGGUUCGAUCACUUAAUUUUCUUCAGCUCGCAACUGCAGCAACCCUGAUUUUUGUGUAGCUACGAAUGUGUUAAUUUGUAUAAAAAACGUAAAUCCUGCCUUAUGAAAAGCAUUAUAAAAAAACACUUCGAUCAACAUGACAAU